CUUUAUUUCACAGUCAUAGAAUAAAUUGUGAAUACAGAGCAAUAUCAUUGCUUAAAUUCAGCUAUAUUGAUGUUCAGAGAAUUUACAGUCCCUCAUACUAGGCCUCAGUCAGACUUAAUUGCAAUUAUGUCAUACAAACAUGCCUCACUUGUAUUAUAUUUCAAGUUUCUGGUAUCUUUUACAUACUACACAUUUUUUGCAGAGUUGUGCAUGGAUCUCUUCUUUAAAACUCACAAAAUGUCAGGCAACAAAGGUAUUCCAAUUCAAUGUAUUCCAUUAGCCUCGAAUGUAGGAAAUACUAUUAUAAAUGAUUGGUGUAUGUUUCAUUCAUCAUAGAACAGGUUUUUCUCACUGUGACUAUUCCAGUGCAGUUGAUGGAAUUUCAGAAGAUAUGUGUCUGAGACAGCUGCUUCAUUGAUUUUCUUUUGUUGAGCAUUCUUUGGUUUCUGUUUCAGUGUGACACAUCCUCUUUUGGAAAUGCUGUCUGUCUGUGGCUCAGAAAAGGAUAAGGAGAGACUCCUCAACGCCAGCCGCCAUCUGUAUGAUUGUGUUUACAUGUUUGUCUCUUCUACCAAUACCAUCUUCCGAAUGCUCAACCAGUUUCUUAGAACUCAAUUGGCUAUAAUUACAGUGAGGGAAAACCUUAGCAUCAAAGAGAACCUUCAGCUCUUGGUGAGUGCUCUAAAAGAGAUGCAGGAAAUGGUGGAUCUGAAGGAUAAAGAAUUCCAACAGAAAAUCAGUCUUCCGCUGUAUUCCAAGAUUAUCUUACCUAUCCACUCCACAGAUGAAAAAAUUAAGCUUGUAAAAGAAAUCAAUGGUCAAUAUAAGGGAGUUUUAGGAGAUCUCUGUGGUCCUAUAUCUGCUGUCUUAAUUAAACAUGGUCAGCUUCCUGAGAAACUAGAGAAUGUCCUUCGGGAUUUAACUAGCAGUCCUGUAUUGUCUCUUCGAGUGGGAGACCUUCUCAUGACGCAUGAAGAAAUUGCUAGAGCACUUCCAGACACCAGACCCACUUCAUCCGAUUCAGUGAAUCCAGUUCAAGUUAGAGGUCGCAGUCAGUCAGUAGCUACCACUACUUUUUCACUUACUAACUUCAUGCGGGUAGUCCUUCGAGGACAACCAUGUAGGAACACCAUUGAUUUAGCUGCGGCUUGCCUGGAAGAUGCAAUUAAGACACUGAAGCCAGCUUGUGAAAGUUUUCAGAGCACUCUUAAGAUGGCUGAAUCAUAUGUGACAUUGAUCCUUAAUAAGAUCCAGUGAGCCCGAAGUAAUUGCUCGGCUGUUAGAAAUCCACUUCUGUUUAUACAGCAGGGAAGUUGUGAUAAUAAAGAGAGAACUUCUUUAUGUCUUGCUUUUUGUCUUGCUUUUUUUGUAAAACUGUCCUGAUAUGCUUGUAGUGGACGGUAAAUCAAAGCUUUUAAUUAAUAAAUAAACAAACAAAUAUUGCAGCAUCUGCAUUUCCUUCUGUGCAGCUAUUUUAAAGACUAGAACCCUAAGUCAGGCACACUUGAUUUUGCUAAGAUGCAGAUCAAUCUCUAUAGAAAACUUCUGCCCACCCCAAACCUGUGCAAAAGUGUUGAUAAGUAUAUAUUUUAUAUUUUUACAUAGGCUUUUCAAAUAUCCCUGUCAGCCAGAGAACAGUGUAAGAAUGCACACGCAGUGUGGUGUUUUGCCCAUCAAACAGUCACUCAAAUUUGAGGCAGUAUGAUUCAGUAAACCAAUUGCUGGGGAACACAAGUGGGAUGGGCCUAUUGCUGUUGCACCCUGUAUGGAGAGUUUGUCCAGGCAGCUGAUUAGCUAUUAUGUGAACAGAACUGCUGGUCUAAGUAGCACUUGGUCCACUGUAGCAUGGCUGUUCUUGUGAAAGCCUGCAAGUGGCAGAUUGAUCUUGAGUCAGAUCCUUUGUUAGGGUCUGAUUGCCUCCCUGCCUGCCUCUUCCUUGUUUCUUUCUUCAUGUCCAUCAAGUUCAUCC